AUGGCGUCCGCACCCUCUCAGCAGUACGCAUUCCGCGCGCAGAAAGCUCUCGGCCUUGUGGGCGGGACGCCCAACUACGAGCCUCUGGACCAUUUUCAGGCUCCCGAUGUACCUGCACGCACGUUCCAGUACAGUGCUGACGGUCGUCUGUUCGCGUACGCAGUGCCCUCCGGCGUACGCAUCUUUCAAGCCGAGAGCGCGCAACUGUUGCAAGAGUUGCCGCUGCCAAACAUCGUGGAGCUCAAGUUCUCGCCCCGUGGCACAUACCUUAGCACCUGGGAGCGACCGAUCAAGCUCGAGGAUGGUGCACAGCACAAGAACCUCCGCGUGUUCUCCGCGUCAACAGGCGAGGAGCUCGUCGCGUUCACGCAGAAGUCGCUGGAGGGCUGGGACUUGCAGUACACCCUUUCGGAGUCUCAUGCAGUCCGGCUGGUUGGGCAGGAGGUACAGGUGUUCCACCCGGCAAAUUGGGCCGCCGGUGUGGUCGACAAGCUCAAGGUGGAAGGUGCGACGUCGGUCGUGCUGAGCCCUGGGCUUAACCCUUCGGUGGCUGUUUUUGCCGCCGAAAAAAAGGGCGCACCCGCAAGCGUGAAGAUAUACAGCUUGACGGGUCUCGCCGGGCCUCCCACGUGUCAGAAGACGUUCUUCAAGGCUGAUAAGUCUACGAUCAAGUGGAACAACCUUGGUACGCAGGUGCUUGUGCUCACGCAGACGGAAGUCGAUCAAGCGAACAAGAGCUACUAUGGCGAGACUGGCGGCUUCUACCUGUUGAGUGCUGCGGGCAACUUUGACUGCCGCAUUACGCUCGACAAAGAAGGCCCCAUCCAUGACUUUGCAUGGAGCCCAAACUCCAAGGAGUUUGGCGUCAUCUACGGCUAUAUGCCGGCAAAGGCUAUGCUGUUCGAUCAACGUGCACGGUCGCUCCACGACUUCGGCACCGCGUUCACCAACUUCAUCUCCUUCAACCCUCAGGGGCGCCUCAUCGCCCUGGCUGGAUUUGGUAACCUCGCGGGCAAGGCAGACAUCUACGACCGCCGAUCACUCACCAGGGUCACGAGUAUCGAUGCCUCGAACUCUUCGCACUGUGAAUGGUCUCCAUGCGGGCGGUUCCUCCUCACUGCGACGCUCUCGCCUCGACUGCGGGUAGACAACGUCGUCAAGGUCUGGCACUGCACAGGCCCCUUGCUGCACGUCCAUCCUAUCGACGAGUUGUACCAGGCGUCGUGGAGGCCGAUACCAGUCGACGCGCUCCCACCCUUCCCCCAAGUGAUCCCUCCCUGUCCUGCUCCGGCGCCGAGUGUCGAGGCCCAUGCUGCUGUCGCAAAACCCGCCCCAGCGAGAGUCGCCGGUGCUUACCGUCCGCCCGGCGCGCGUGGACUGGAGGCGAGCUUAGUGUAUAGCCGCGACGAAUCAGGCUCGGCGAGUCCUGGUGCGCCGUCUACGCCAAACGGCCGGUACAGCCGCAGUCCAGCGCCCGGGCGCAUCAAAGGCAAUGGUCGCAGACACGUACCAGGCGCGCCGACCUCACCCUCGCCUAUUCGCAGUCCUCCUGCAGACUCAGAGAAGCGCGGGCGGAAGAAGAAAGGGAAGAAGGAUGCUGCUGCGGGGGCAGCGGCAACGGCAAAUGGCGCGGAGUCACCGCGGCCGUCUAUUGAGAUUCAGGUAAAUGGUACAACAAAUGGAGCUGCGAGCCCUGUCAAUGAGUCGGUGCCGCCUACUCCGGGUCUUGACGCAAAUGGAUUGGACCCGAUGGCGAAGAAGGUCCGUAACCUGAACAAAAAGCUGAAGGCCAUUGAGGAGUUGAAGGAGAAGCAGAAGAAGGGCGAGCGGUUGGAGGCGACGCAGCUGAAGAAGAUUGAGACGGAGGCAGAAAUCCGGAAGGAGCUUACAGGCUUGGAUGUCACCUCAUAG